AAAGUUAUUGUUGCAGUGAAACUGCGGUCAAGGGUACCAGCACCUACAGUCGUGAUUUAUGGUGUUCCAUUAUAAGUUGAGUUAAAAGACCUAUCAUUGCUAGCAGCGCAGACAACAACAAUCCCCUUCUCAAUUGCUGAAAGAGAAGCAAUUGCAACAAGCACGUCAGUUUUUGUCAUUCCAUCAAUCACACCUGGCAGUGCAAGCUCUGUCAUCCACGAGGCUUUGUACAUGGCAACAUGUGCACGUGGUGCAACCCCUUUUGCUGUGCCUUUUGCAUAUCCAAAGUGACUUGCUCCUAAAACGUAGUUACCUGCAGCUGUGGAUGAAGUGUGGGUUCCAUGGCCAUAAGCAUCCCUUGGGAACUGCAACUUACAAGGUCAAGGUGGUUGAACCAGAGGGUUCUACCAUUGUUGUCUCACCAGAGACUUUAGCCUUUAGAAAGACACAUGAGAAACGGAGUUACAGUGUGGCCAUGAAGUAUCGGAGUGACAAGAAUGGGAAAGUUUCAUUUGGUGAACUUGUGUGGAUUGAAAAUGGAAAACAUACUGUUAGGAGUCCUAUUGUAAUAUCACCUCCUAGUUCCCGAAAGGGUUUCUCCAGGCCAUGAUUAGGGAAUUUCCAUUGUGGCAUUGAAGCUAUGCAGGGCAUUAUCAUACAGUUCGAAUUACUGGACUGUUGAAGUUCUCAGAACCAAAUGAGAAUGAAGAAUGAAUCAGCAAGACAGUAAUGACAUUCCUUGAUAGAUAAUUUUUCUUUGAUGUCGGAGUUACUGAACCUUAUCCGUUGUCCAUUUUCAGAGGUCCUGCAAUUUCCAGUUCAUCUAAGCAUGAGCAGUGCAGUAGCUCGGUCCAUCACAAGCAAGGUUGCCUGCCCUUUGCUGCUAGCCCGUUUUUCAAGUUUUGAGGGUGGAUGGAGUCUUUGUUUAACAAGAGAAUCAAUGGGUGAAUAAUAGCCCAACAAUCCAGGUCUGUUUACAUUGUUCAUAUGGACAAGUCCUUCAUGCCCAAAAUUUUCACUAGCCCUAAUGGAUGGUACUCCUCCAUGAUUGACUCUCUCAAAUCCACAAAUGCGGCCUCAUCAGAUGGCCAGGGGUCACCACAGCUAUCUCUUUUGUACUCUUAUGACACUGUUGCUCAUGGUUUCAGUGCUGUUGUGUCUCCUGAUGAACUCCAGUCACUGAAGAACUCUCCAGGGUUUGUCUCAGCUUAUGCUGAUAGGAACGUCACUCUUGACACCACCCAUUCCUUUGAGUUCUUGUCACUGAAUCCUUCCUAUGGCCUAUGGCCAGCUUCAAAGUACGGUGAAGAUGUGAUUAUAGGUGUUAUUGAUACUGGUAUCUGGCCAGAAAGUGAGAGCUUUAAAGAUGACGGAAUGACUCCAGUUCCAACCAGGUGGAAGGGUAAAUGUGAGGAAGGACAGGAAUUCAAUGCCUCCUUGUGUAACAAGAAGUUGAUCGGAGCCAGAUAUUUCAACAAGGGUUUGAUCGGUGCUCAUCCUGGAAUUAAAAUUAGCAUGAACUCCGCAAGGGACACGGAGGGGCAUGGGACACAUACUUCCUCCACGGCGGGUGGAAAUUAUGUCAAAGAUGCUUCAUUUUUUGGAUAUGCUAAAGGUACAGCAAGAGGCAUGGCUCCACGUGCGAGGGUUGCAAUGUACAAGGUCAUCUGGGAUGAAGGACGGUAUGCCUCUGAUGUUCUCGCCGGUUUGGAGCAGGCAGUAAUUGAUGGUGUUGAUGUGAUAUCCAUAUCUAUGGGAUUUGACGGAGUGCCUUUGUACAAGGAUCCAAUAGCAAUUGCUUCAUUUGCUGCAAUGGAGAAAGGGGUUUUGGUCUCAUCAUCAGCAGGAAAUGCAGGGCCGUCUUUAGGAACCUUGCACAAUGGGAUUCCAUGGGUUAUGACUGUCGCUGCCGGCACAAUUGACAGGUCUUUUGCUGGAACUUUGACUCUAAGAAAUGGGAAAACAAUCACCGGAUGGACUUUGUUUCCCGCACCAGCUCUGGUGAAUGACUUGCAGUUGUAUUACAACAAGACUUUAACAGCUUGCAACUCAACCAAAUUAUUAUCUAAAGGUCCUGGGGAAAUCAUAAUCGUCUGUGCGAACACCGGUUCUAUUUAUGAUCAAAUCUUUACUGUCACAGAGUCAAGGAUUGCCGGAGCAAUUUUCAUUUCAGACGAAACUGAAAUGCGUAGGAUGCCUUGUCCUGGACUAGUCAUUAGUUCAAAGGAUGGACCUGCUGUUAUCAAAUAUGCCACUACCAAGUCCAAGGCUCCUGCAAGCAUACAAUUUCAGCAGACCAUUUUAGGGACAAAGCCUGCGCCUAAUGUGACCUUUUACACCUCAAGAGGUCCUUCCCCGAGCUAUCAGGGCAUCCUAAAACCAGAUGUAAUGGCACCCGGUGAUGUUGUUCUGGCUUCAUAUAUCCGGAAUGAAAUUGCUGCCCAAAUUGGGAAUUACAUAGCCCUGUCGAGUGACUUCAAUUUGCUCUCUGGAACAUCCAUGGCUUGCCCGCAUGCCUCUGGUGUGGCUGGACUGCUUAAAGGUGUGCACCCAGAGUGGAGCGCGGCUGCUAUAAGGUCUGCAUUGGUGACAACAGCAAAUCCAUUGGAUAACACCAACAAACCAAUCAACGAUAAUGGGGAAAAUGCUUCACCGUUAGCCAUGGGAGCAGGACAGAUUGAUCCCAAUCGAGCACUUGACCCUGGUUUGAUCUAUGAUGCAACCCCACAGGACUACGUUAACCUUCUGUGCUCCACGAAUUUCACUAAGAAGCAAAUCAUGACCAUCACCAGAUCAAAGAGCUAUAACUGUUCAAACCCAUCUCCAGAUCUUAAUUAUCCAUCAUUUAUUGUUUUUUAUUCUAUUCAUGUGUCCACACAUUUGUCUUCAAAUUUUCAGAGGACCGUCACCAAUGUAGGACAAGGUGCUGCAACUUACAAGGUUAAGGUAGUCGAACCAGAAGGUUCUACCAUUGUUAUCUCACCAGAAACAUUGGUUUUCAGACAGACAUAUGAAAAGCAGAGUUACAAUGUGUCCAUGAAGUAUAAGAGCAACAAGAAAGGCAAAGUUUCGUUCGGUGAAAUUGUUUGGAUUGAAGAAAAUGGGAAUCACACUGUUAGGAGUCCUAUUGUAAUGUCACCUAUUGUUCGUUUCUGAGGGGGUUCCUCUAGACUCCGCCUUAGGGAAUUGCCAUUCUGCCUUUUUCUUCUUUCUCUUUUUCUCUGCGUCAUGGUCAUUGGCCAAGUUAAAAUAUAAAUCCUGAAUAAAAUUUUUGAUAUUGCCAGCAUUCACUGUUGAAAUUCUUUCCUCUCUUUGGCUUUUCUGCUUACAAUAAAAAGGCCUUUCCAGC